CACUCAGCUGAACUCACUGGGCCAUAUUCAUUUAUUCAGCGUAAUCAAACUUGCCAUUUCGCUCUGCAAUUCGCCCCAAAUCUCACAACCCUAGACCGCAAACUCCCAAUUCCGUGAAGAAAUCAACAAGAGAUGGGCACUAUGGGAAGAGCUUUCUACACCGUCGGAUUCUGGAUUAGGGAAACCGGCCAAGCCCUCGAUCGCCUCGGCUCCCGCCUCCAGGGAAACUACCUUUUCCAAGAACAAUUGUCAAGGCAUAGAACACUUAUGAACUUAUUUGACAAAGCCCCCUCGGUUGCUAAGAAUGCCUUUGUAGCCCCUAAUGCGUCACUGACUGGGGAGGUUUAUGUUGGACCAAGCUCCUCCAUUUGGUAUGGAUGUGUUGUCAGAGGUGAUGUGAACAGCGUUAGUAUAGGAGCUGGAACCAACAUACAGGAUAACUCUCUUAUUCACGUAGCUAAAUCUAAUAUUUCUGGGAAAGUCUUGCCCAUCCAUAUUGGUGACAAUGUCACUGUUGGGCAUAGUGCUGUCUUGCACAGCUGUACUGUAGAGGAUGAAGCAUUUAUUGGUAUGGGUGCCACAUUGCUUGACGGGGUGGUUGUUGAGAAACAUGCAAUGGUUGCUGCUGGAGCUCUUGUCAGACAGAAUACAAGAAUACCCUCUGGAGAGAUAUGGGGAGGGAAUCCAGCCAAAUUCCUGAGGAAACUCAAAGAUGAUGAAAUCGCUUUCAUAUCUCAGUCUGCUACCAAUUAUGCAAACCUAGCGGAAGCUCAUGCUGCUGAAAAUGCCAAGGACUUUGACAAGUCAGAGCUUGAGAAGGUUCUUCAGAAGAAAUUUACUGGGCAGGACGGAGAAUAUGACUUAAAAUCGGGUGUUGUUGGUUAGGCGUCAGCGUCACCAUAACUUCAGCACAACGAAUCUUAAGAGUUUCCUAAUAUGGAACAUGUACCAGCUUUAUGUUUUUUUUUUUCUUUUUUUUUUCUGUUUCCGAUGGAUUUCAAAAAGAUGCCUGAGUUUUGCUAUCUCUUCCAAUAAAUUCUGGGGCCAGGCUGAAAUUUCAAAGGAUCAAUCCUGGUAGAAAGUAAUUCUUAUGCACGCCCUCUUCAUCUUCCAUUGAUGAAAGACUUAGAUAUUGCUUGCUCCUUCCA